AGGAGUGGUGGCUCAUUCCCAUAGCUCCUGAAAUUGUUCAAAAGAACUUGUCAAUUUGCAGCUGUCGAUCAAUCCUUGCACUUGGCUCUCAUUGGCUGCGGCGAAAACUGGUCCCGGGACUCAGGCGCGCCAAGCAGAGUCGCCACUGCUCAGUUGCACUUUGCAAUGGCAGCAUUGUGAGAGCGGAGCUGUACCGUGUUCCACCUCCUGGUCCACACUAUCAGGAUGCACGAGUGUGUGUUUCCAAAAUAAACUUCGAUCGGAAGGAAAAGAGCGCAGACUGGGAUCUGAAUCCAAAUUAACCCUCCUGCCGCAACAUAAAAUCUCUUUGGAAGAUCUGCAGAUCUCGACAUGGUUGAGUGCUGAAGUAAGUGCAGCCCGAAUAGCAGAGGUUUCGGUGUACACCAGGCAGUGCACUGCAGCUUACAACGUGAAAUCUUACAACCCGGCUUCAUUCUCUGAAAGACUUCAUCUGGGGAUAUUCUCGAGAUGAACUGAGUGCGUGUUUAUUUAUUUUUUGUUUUACUUUGCAAUAGGACAGUGAGGAUUUUGAGCCUCGUUCGUUUCCAUCAUGCCAGUUUCUAGGAAUCGUUUGCAAUGAAUCGAAAAAUCAACAGGUACCGAGCCGGGAUGGAUUUGCUGUUGCUGCUUGCCCUGCUCUUGUGGGCUCGGGCAGCCGCCGUGAUUAAUCUGAAAUACUCGAUCGUGGAAGAGGAGAGAGCCGGGACGGUGAUCGGGAACAUAGCGAAAGACGCCGGCUUCUCAACUUGGGAACAGACGGUGCCUCUUUUCCGCGUUUUAUCCAACUCGGCGCCGCAUCUGGUGGAAAUCAACCCCCUGACCGGAUUACUGGUGACGAAGCAGAAGAUCGACCGAGAUCUGCUGUGCCGACAGAGCCCCAAAUGCCUGAUCUCCCUGGAGGAGAUGGUCAACUCCAUGGAGAUCUAUGUGAUCAAAGUGGAGAUCCUGGAUUUGAAUGAUAACUCGCCCAGCUUCCCUACCGAGCAGAUCGACCUGGAGAUCUCGGAGACGGCCAGCCCGGGCACCAGGAUCCCCCUGGAGAGUGCUUAUGACCCGGACGCAGGAGAUUUCGGGGUGCAGAGCUACCAGAUAACCCCGAACGACCUGUUCGGGCUGGACAUCAAGAGCCGCGGGGACGGCUCCCGCUUCGCUGAGCUGGUGGUGGAGAAGCCCCUCGACAGGGAGAUGCAGUCUCACUACAGCCUGCUGAUCACCGCCCUGGACGGGGGCGAACCCCCUAACUUCGGCACGGCCCAGCUCAACAUCAAAGUCAUCGACUCGAACGACAACUACCCGGUGUUUGAGCAGAGCACCUACACGGUGAAUGUGCUGGAGAAUGCGCCGGCCACCUCGCUGGUCAUAGACCUGAAGGCGUCGGACCCGGACGAGGGGACGAAUGGCGAGAUCGUGUACUCCUUCAACAGUUACGUGUCGGAUAAGACCAGGGAACUUUUCAAACUGGAUCCCAGGACAGGGGCCAUCAUGGUGAAGGGCAACAUUGACUAUGAGGAGGGCAGCGUUUAUGAGAUCGAUGUCCAGGCGAAAGACCUGGGUCCCAAUUCGAUCCCGGCUCACUGUAAGGUGACGGUCAAUGUGGUGGAUGUGAAUGACAACGUGCCGGUCAUCACUUUGUUCUCAGUGACCAGUGAGACGGUGGAGGUGAGUGAAGCCGCCCCUCCAGGUUAUGUGAUCGGUCUGGUUCGGGUCUCCGACCGCGACUCCGGGGCGAACGGGAGGGUCCAGUGCAAGCUGCUCGGGGACGUGCCUUUCAAAUUGCAGGAGUAUGAGAGUUUUUACACCAUCUUGGUGGACGGGAGGCUAGACCGAGAGCAGAGAGACCUCUACAACCUCACCAUCCUGGCCAAAGACGGCGGCUCCCCCUCGCUGCAGUCCACCAAAUCUUUCACGGUCAGGAUCACGGAUGAGAACGACAACCCCCCUCUCUUCUCCAAACCUUUCUACCAAGUCAUCGUCCAGGAGAACAACACCCCGGGUUCGCACCUCCUCUCGGUGUCCGCCCGAGACCUCGACCUGGGCUUGAACGGCAGCGUCUCCUACCAGAUUGUCCCCUCUCAGGUCAAAGACAUGCCCGUCUUCACCUAUGUGUCCAUUAACCCCACCUCAGGGGAUGUGUACGCCCUGAGGUCGUUCAACCACGAGCAGACCCGCUCCUUCGAGUUCAAGGUCUUGGCCAAAGACGGGGGGAGUCCUGCCCUGGAGAGUAACAGCACGGUGAGAGUCAUUGUGCUAGAUGUCAAUGAUAAUGUGCCGGUUAUAACCGCCCCGCCUUUGGUCAACGGCACCACUGAUGUCUACAUACCCAGAAACGUGGCCUCGGGUUAUUUAGUCACUGUGGUCAAAGCCGAUGACUACGACGAGGGUGACAACGGCCGCUUGACCUACGAGAUCGCCGAUGGCGCCCGAGGUUUUUUCGAGAUGGACCAGACGAAUGGGGAGAUCCGAACCAGCAGGAGCUUCGGGGAGGAAGCUGAGGCCAGCUAUGAACUGAUUGUGGUGGCCCAGGAUCACGGGAAGCCCGCCCUAUCUUCCACCGCUCUGAUUGUGGUGUACCUCUCCCCUGCUUUAGAUGCUCAGGAAUCCACAGGGUCCCUGAACCUAUCUCUCAUUUUUAUCAUUGCUCUGGGAUCCAUUGCUGCCAUCCUCUUUGUGACCAUGAUCUUUGUGGCUGUCAAGUGCAAGCGAGAUAACAAGGAGAUCAGGACCUACAACUGCAGGGUAGCAGAGUAUUCCUAUGGGCAACAGAAGAAACCCAAGAAAAAGAGUAAGAUCAGCAAGAGUGACAUUCGGCUGGUGCCCAGAGACAUGGAGGAGACUGACAAAAUGAAUGUGGUCAGCUGCUCUUCUCUCACCUCCUCCCUGAACUAUUUUGACUACCACCAGCAGACUUUGCCCUUAGGAUGUCGGAGGUCAGAGGCCACCUUUUUAAACGUGGAGAAUCAGAAUUCGAGGAACACAACUGGAAACCAUGUGUAUCACACCUUCACCAGCAGCCAGGGCUCUCAACAGCAGCCAGACCUUAUCAUCAAUGGCAUGCCCCUUCCAGAGUCGGAAAACUACUCCAUCGAGUCAAGCUACGUAAACAGCAGACAGCACCUUAUUAAAAGUAGCUCCACAUUCAAAGACCUGGAAAGAAACAGUCUCAAGGACAGUGGACAUGAAGAAAGUGACCAAACUGACAGUGAGCAUGAUGCGCAUCGAGGCCUGUAUUGUGACACAGCUAUCAAUGAAGUGUUGAAUACAACUCUCAAUUCCACUGGGUCUCAGAUACCUGAACAAGAUCAGAAUGAAGGUUUUACCUGCAUGGAAGAAUGCCGGAUUUUAGGUCACUCCGACAGAUGUUGGAUGCCACGGGUCGCAGUGCCAACCCAUGCCAAAUCACCUGACCGUGGCAAAAAUGUUAUUGCACUGUCCAUAGAGACCACCAGUGUGGACUCGGAACCCUAUGAGAAUGGCAGUUCAAAGAGAACUUUUGCAACUUUUGGCAAAGACCCCAGGGAUCGCAUUGCUGAGAAUGAUAAAACAGAUUUGAAAGGAAAGAGGACAUUUGAUCUACCCAUCUGCAGCCCAAAAGUGAAUGGUUCGGUCUCCAGCAGCCAGGAAACAAGCAACGGUAUUGACAUUUCAAGCCCUGCCAGCACCCCUGUGCAUUUGGGCAGCCCCUCGUCCAGCAGGCCUGCGGUCACAUACUCUGUGAUGCACUGCCCAAUAACACGUGACCUCGACCGACCUGUCAAUCAGACCUCCUCACAUCCAUCAGAGCCAGGAGCCAGGGAAGCAGACUCAGAACAUGACCGAGAGAUCAACCACCUCCUGCAUGAUUGCAGAGAAAAGGACUCGCUGGGCAUCAAGCGAAUACAGGACAUUGUACUGUGAUCACUGGGUACCACCUGCAGUGCAGAUAAAUAUUAACACCGUGACAGUUUGUAAAUCACUUUCCUUCAGUUUGAUGUAUGGCUCAUUUAAAUGCUUUUUCCUAAGUGUACUUCUUUUCAUUAUAUUUUUGAUAACAAAAUUCUUUUUUGUUUCAUAAGCAUUGCAGGCAGAGGAGGAACUGUCAGCAGUGAGCUCCCAUGUAAUUCUAUAAUCAAAUUAGUCCAAACUGGAUCAGUUUGGGUCAAUUUGUAGUCAUCCAAAUGCAGUCAUUUCAGAUGCAUUUAAGGACAGGCUCUGCAGGCCAGUUUAAGUCAUAGCAGCUUCAGGUUGUAACCAUGGCAGGUGUGAUUUAAACCUUCGGGAGCUGCACUGGGAAGAAUGAUCAACCUCAAGCUAAUGUUCAAAAGAUCCAGAAAGCAAAUUAGAAUUCAGAUUUUUACAACUACAAUUCACACCUAUUGCUUAUUCUCCUUUUGUAAGACAAGUCACUGCAAGCCAAGCCCCACAAAAAUAUCACCCCAUGAUAGCUUGAACUGUACUAAUGGUGUUUUUAUCAUUUUCGUAAAGUGUUUUCUCUCCUAUAGUCUUCCUGUAUAAAAUGGGUGACAGUCAUUGUGUACCUUGUAAAAGCACAGUAGAACUGGUUCAGUUACCCAAAAACACUGACCCUCCCCAACCCUGACAUGUAACCCAAAGGUCUGAGACUUAAUGUUCUGUAACAGAACGCUAUCUCGCCUCAAUAGAGGGAUACUCCUCUAACUAGCAGUAUGAGGUAUUGUAUAUGUGGAACUGACUGCACCAAAUAUGAAUGGCAAAGUGUGUUCCAUUCACUCCGGUGCACAAGUCCAGUAAGUAUCUGCCAACUCUGCUAGCCAUAGUUAUGUUCAUGAUACAAGGAAAUGCUGAGAAAUAUUAGUGCUCUCACUUUAUAAAUAAGGUUUUUAUAUUGAUAUAGUAAUACUGUAAUUGUAAAAUGUUGAGUAUUAGCAUGGGUACUCUCUUUCACAGAGGCAGAACUGUACCCAACUCCAGUGAAGCAGUCCGAUACUUACUGUUGAUGUGGCACGUUGCUGAGCUUCUUUGUGUCUUGAAGUUUGUGGCAUCAUACCAGCUGCAGGGCUGAACUUACUUUAUAAACUUAAAGCAGGAAAAAAUUGGUAACUAUUGAAUAGUUAUUGUAGUGGAAUUGAUACUUUAAAAUGACUCAUGUAUUAUUUAAAUGUCAUAAAACUCUUUAAAAUAUUUAUUAGCAAUCCUCAAGUCAACCAACAUUGGCAAUAUCUUUUCAGUGCAAAAGUGAUUCCCAUCAAUAAAGCUGGUGGUUUCCUACAAUCAAAGCCUGCAUCUCCAAAAAGCUCUGACACAGAGUGUUCAAGAGGAGAUGGGUGUUUAUUCCAAUCAUUUUUUCAUUUUAGUUGUGAAUUUCCUACUUCUGAAUUAAUAGUUUGAUACCUACCCGUUGAACAGGCACAUUCCCACACGCAGCAAGUCGCCACUAAUUUGCUUACCAUCACUCAUCCACUUUGAACACAUUGCUUUAGCUUGGCAAUGAUUGUACUGCUGCAACAAUAGCAAAAAAAAACAAACCCAGAAUAAUUGGUAUAUUUUUAAACAAUUGCCCAGCUCACAAUAUUGUAGGCCCACCACCUGAUAGUGUUCAAUCGUUCAGUGAGUUCUGUGGUGGCAACUUAAGAUGGCAUUUACAGGACAAAUUUUUUGCCACAUCGGCCUGCUGAUAUUUGGGAUGUCGAUUGUCAGCAGGUCAUAUAAUUAUAAAAAUAGGCCUUAUGAUCACAACAGCUACAAGUUGUGCCUUUGCAUUGUAUGACUUGGUAAUAUCCAGUGAUGAGUAGAUCACUAAUGUAAAUUCUGAGGUGUAUAGUUGACAGGUUAUGAUUUUUUUGGAUGGAAAAGAGAUCACAUAAGAGGGAAUUUGUAAAUGUAAGACUAUGGAACUAGCAGCUGCCGCCCCUCAAUGUUUGCCUGUUGUUACAAACUUUGGUCAUUGUUAAAUCUUCAGAACUAGCCCAAGUUUGAGGGGUUUGUUCCUUUGGCACUGUCCACUGUUGAAAUCUCAACUGUCAUAGUGUUAAUAUUUGUAAAUUUGAGUGCAUUUUUCAGGGUGGCCAUUCAUUGCUAAUGUGUCUAAUUAAGGUGUUCUGCAAGAUUGAUCCCCAUGUUUGUGAUCAGUUCUAAACCUGGAAUGAGCUCAAAAUCCUGCAGCAAGGAAACAACAAAAUAAACCACAGAGACUAGAGCAGCACAGGAGCAUUGCACUGGCUGCCACCAUGUUUGUAGUCCCAAACUUAGCAGAGAUGGACAAUCAAAAAUCUACUUUCCAGUGUAUACAAGAAAGUUGAUCAGUUCGAAGAAAGGUCGCUUGGGUUCUCAGCAACCAUCAUCAGGAAUCAAAAGAUCAAUCAAAUGGAAUUGUUCACACAGCGUUUUGGAGAGGGGUGAACUGCUGUGCCAUUUCAGCCUUUUAAAGCAUGCUAACCAUCCUGGCACUGACUGCAGUGGGAAAUCUACUUCACCUCCAAAACACAAGGUUUAACGCCAAUUAAAAUGAAAUGGUGGUGGCGGUGGCUCGCAACUCAGGCAGAGUGGAGCAAAUCUAUCUCAUGCACAGGCACCUGCCAACAGGGAAAUCACAGAGCAUCAGAGACUAGGUUGAAGGGGAGGAGUCAACUAUGGGAGGUCUCCCUCCCCCGAAGGUUCUAUGAAUGACGUAUCAUGGUGACCAACUGCAAAAGGAUGUUCAUGGAAAACCGAGAAAGGAGUAGCUAAGUAUUGGAGAAGUUCUACAGCCUGCCCACUGCUUGCAAAACUCCUCACUAUUGCAAUUCCUGCAUUGUUUAAAGUAGUUUUUUUUUUAAGUGCAAUAUACACCCAGCCCAAGUCUGUUGGUCUCCUGUGUCUCUCCAAUUUUUUGUCCAGUGUUCACACUAUUUCCAUCUGUACAGUAAUUCAUUCUACAGCAGCGUACAACAGGCACUAACUCAUUCAAAAUGUGCAACUCCUGCCUCUUUGCCUUUAUUUUCUACAGCCGAUGGCCUUUUGCACAGAGACGUGCAGUUUGUUUAUGAGUUCAUGAGUUGGGGUUACUUCUAUCAUUUUAAAAAAGGGCCAACAUCCUACUUUUGCAAUAUUCAUUAUUUUAUAUUAAAGAUCCUGGAAGGCACAAUGUGAAUGGGGAGGACUCAAGGGCAAGAAUAAAUGAUGUGAGUACUGUUUUCCAGGUUAACCCUUUGAGGACUAAGGUAACUCUAUGUUGCAUUGGUGGUGGGGGGAGCAAUUUAAAAAAAAACAAAUGUAGUAUUAGAUUAUUCUGCUUUUCCAGAGAAUAUUGUUCAUAAAGAAAUGUUCUUGUGUUUGUGAAGUUAUUGUAACUCACCUGUAUGAACAUAGCUAUAUUCCUCUAAAUUAAACUCAGUGUUAUAGAUGUGGGAGCAAAAGUUUGUCAGUGCUUUACAAAAGUAUAAAAGGAAGCCCAGUUCUCAGAGGGUUACACUUGUAUCACUCCCCACCCUCACAACCUCCCCACCCCACCCUCAGUUUUCUUAGUGGCAUUGCACAAAUUAACAUCUGUUCUGUGAUGAUUGCUUUAUGACUGGGGGAAAAAAGGCUUUUUCUGUAAAGAAGCUAUUGUCAGUGAUUUAUACGUGUCAAAAUUGCUCUCACAUAAAAAACCUAAUUACAGAAUGGAACCACAUUCGGCUAUCAUCAGAAGCAGACAGAUGUGCUACUACAGUUGAAGCACAGAGAAAGAUAACAAUCUCUCAUCUCAGUUCACAGAGUUGCCGUUCAGAAGCACCUGAUAACACUACACACUGGUCAUUUGCCAAAAAAAAAGCUCAAUGGGAGCUUACAGCACGGACUGUUUUACCAGAUUAUCUGUCAAAGAUUGUGUGAAAUGAUAAGAUAAUGCUGUAUAUGCAUAUAUGUUAUGUACAUUUUCACAGUGAUUGGUUCAUUGUAAAAUAAGAACCACAUUUCUGUAUAUUUUAUGAUAAUAUAAAGCAGCUUUAUUAAAUUAUUAUAAUGUUUCAAAUGAUGGACUGUCAGCAUCGUUUCACCCGUUUCUAUGUUGAUCUGUGGGCUUUUAACCCUUUAUGCCAGCGGCAAGUUGAAAAGCAUUUAAUCUUGACAAUCUUUUGUGCACUUCUGACCCAAGAAUAAAGUAUUUAGGUUCUUCA